AUGGCAAUUUCAUUAAAUGACUUAGCAAUAAGAGACACAGAAAGAAUAAAAAAUGAUACAGAAUAUAAUACACAUAGUACAAUAAGUAAUAGACAUACUACACAUAGUACAAUAAAUAAUAGAAUUAGUACACAUAGUACAAUAAGUAAUAAACUUAAUAAUAAUAGUGUAAUAAGUAAUAUACUAGAGAUACCCUUAGAGAAUGAACUAGAAAGGGAAUUAGCCAGUGUAAGAUAUAAUACCACAGAUAUAAACAGACUAAAAGAAGAAAGAAGGAGACGGGUAGAAUUAUCACAGGAAAUUAAGGCAAAUACCUGGUCAAAGCGAAUAAAGAGCAAGUCCUACAGGAAGAAGAAACGGGAAGAGAAGCAGAAAAGGCACGCAGAGACAAUAAAAAUAGAAGAAAUAGUGGACAGUACUUAUGACACAAUGUGUAAUAAUAAAGAAACAGAAGAAAAAACAGAAGAAAAUAUAAAAAUAAAAAAAAUAGAAGAAACCGCGUAUAACCACAUAAAAGAAUUAAAUAACACAGGAUAUAAUACACAUAGUACAAUAAGUAAUAAUAAUAACACAAUAAGUAAUAAGUCUACUAGUAAUAAUAGUACAGGAUAUAAUACACAUAGUACAAUAAGUAAUAAUAAUAACACAAUAAGUAAUAAGUCUACUAGUAAUAAUAGUACAGUGUGUAAUAAGUUAUAUGAUACUACUCCUAUUGAGUCAAUAUUAGAUAUCUCAUUUCAUGAAGAAAGAGAGGCCGAGCAUAAGAAUACCCUCCCUAAAUCAGAACAGACCACUUUAUUAGGAUGGAAUACGUGGUCCAGUGAUAAUAUUAGUAAUAAGUCUAAUACCGUAUAUAAAUAUACAACAGGAAUAGAAAUCAGGCAGAGAAAGGACUUCUCCUCUUCUCAUGUUAUAUAUAAGUAUAAUAAUAAUAGUAAUAAGGCAUAUUCAGUAAGAAAGGUGCCUUAUGGCUAUAAGCCAGAAGAGUACACAGAAAUACUUAACAGACCAGAACUUAUUACACAUAACCCAAUAAAUAUACUAAAUAAAAUAAUAAAAAAUAGAAAAAGAAAAAAGGAACAGAAUAUAAUACGCAUAGAGUAAUAAAUAAUAAUAAUAGUAUAGAAUAUAAUACGCAUAGGGUAAUAAAUAAUAUAAAAUAUAAUACGCAUAGGGUAAUAAAUAAGUAUAAUAGUAUAAUAUUACUUAUAUCUGC